CCAAGUUGAAGGAGAGACGCGCAUACAUACCUUCAACCUCACGAAAGCAGAAAGCUCCGACUUCCUCGUUUUCCCAGGCGUUUUGAUCAGUAGCGAGAGUUACACCAAAGCCACAACUCAUGGCAGUGAGGAAUGGCAGGCACACGGGGACCCCCUUCUCAAUGACCGAAAUCAUUCAUUCGAUCCACUUCCACGGCAACGAAGCUGCCGAGAUCGUGGAUGAAACGCUGGAGCCUGCUGCUUCUGCUUUCAACCCUCUUUCCGACUCUCUGAAGUUGUUCGAAUUGUUCCUGUGUUUGGUUCGAGACAUAUUUUUUUGUUGUUGCGCCAUUCGGAAACCCUUGAUCGCUGCAUUGCACUGUUGCUCUUAUUCGGGAAUACCUCGAAGCCUUGUACAUCUGCGCUUACUUCCUGGUCGUGCUGCUCUGUCCCGCCUCGGAAGUGGUGGAUUGAGCAGGUUUUGAGGCUUGAA